GGUCUACGCCGCCUCCUCCGGGCGCGGGGAGCGCUGGCCAUUGGUGGGGGGCGCAUGUGGGGGCGCGCGGCGCGAAGGCGCUGCCCGCAGGGGCUGCGGCGCGGCCGGGAAGCGCUGCUGGUGCUGCUGGCGUUGCUGGCGCUGGCUGGCCUGGGCUCUGUGUUGCGGGCGCGGCGCGGAGCCAGGGCGUCCGAGCCGGGACCUCCGCGCUCUCCGCGCUUCGGUCGGCGCGACCCGGUCCUGCCGCGGCCUCCGGUGCCCCAGGACGCUCUGGGCGCACGGGGCGAGGCGGUGCGGCUGCAGCUGCAGGGCGAGGAGCUGCGGCUGCAGGAGGAGAGCGUGAAGCUGCACCAGAUCAACAUCUACCUCAGCGACCGCAUCUCGCUGCACCGGCGCCUGCCCGAGCGCUGGAACCCGCUGUGCAAAGAGAAGAAAUACGAUUAUGAUCAUUUGCCCACGACAUCAGUUAUCAUAGCAUUUUAUAAUGAAGCCUGGUCAACUCUCCUUCGGACAGUUUACAGCGUCCUUGAGACAUCUCCAGACAUCCUGCUCGAAGAGGUCAUCCUGGUAGAUGACUACAGCGAUCGAGAGCACCUGAAGGAGCGCCUGGCCGGCGAGCUGGCCGAGCUGCCCAGAGUGCGCCUGAUCCGUGCCACCAAGAGGGAGGGCCUGGUGCGAGCCCGGCUGCUGGGGGCUUCCGUGGCAAAGGGCCAAGUGCUGACCUUCCUGGACUGCCACUGUGAGUGCCACGAAGGGUGGCUGGAGCCGCUGCUGCAGAGGAUCCAUGAAAAGGAGUCGGCAGUGGUGUGCCCUGUGAUUGAUGUGAUCGACUGGAACACCUUCGAGUACCUGGGCAACUCUGGGGAGCCCCAGAUCGGCGGUUUUGACUGGAGGCUGGUGUUCACAUGGCACGUGGUCCCCAAGAGGGAGAGGAUGCAGAUGCGGUCCCCCAUCGAUGUCAUCAGGUCUCCAACAAUGGCUGGUGGGCUGUUUGCUGUGAGUAAGAAAUAUUUUGAAUAUCUGGGGUCAUAUGAUACAGGAAUGGAAGUCUGGGGUGGAGAAAACCUCGAAUUCUCCUUUAGGAUCUGGCAGUGUGGUGGGACCCUGGAGACACACCCAUGUUCUCACGUUGGCCACGUUUUCCCCAAGCAAGCUCCCUACUCGCGCAGCAAGGCCCUGGCUAACAGUGUCCGUGCAGCUGAAGUGUGGAUGGAUGAGUUUAAAGAACUUUACUACCAUCGCAACCCUCACGCCCGCUUGGAACCAUUUGGGGAUGUGACAGAGCGGAGGCAGCUCCGUGAAAAGCUCCAGUGUAAGGACUUCAGGUGGUUCUUGGAGAACGUGUAUCCAGAACUGCACGUGCCUGAAGACAGGCCUGGCUUCUUCGGGAUGCUUCAGAACAAAGGACUGAAAGAUUACUGCUUUGACUAUAACCCUCCCAAUGAGCACCAGAUUGUGGGACAUCAGGUCCUCCUGUACCUCUGUCAUGGGAUGGGCCAGAACCAGUUUUUUGAGUACACAUCCCAGAAUGAAAUACGCUAUAACACCCACCAACCGGAGGCCUGCAUAGCUGUGGAUGCAGGAAUGGAUAUGCUCAUCAUGGAUCUCUGCAAAGAAAUUGCCCCAGAAAAUCAGAAGUUCAUGCUGCAGGAGGAUGGUUCUUUAUUUCACGUGCAGUCCAAUAAAUGUGUACAGGCUGAGAGGAAGGCGUUCAGUGACAGUUUUGUACCACGCUUACGAGACUGCACCAACUCUGAACAUCAGAAAUGGUUCUUCAAGGAACGCACGCUGUGAAAUGUCACUGUGCCAAGGAGCCCGUUGAAGGGCAUGGGGGCCCCUGGACUCUGUGGCCAGCAGAGACUGAGCUAAGUACAGUACCCAAAACUUGGCUGCUCUGCUUUUAUAAGGAAAUCGUUCUGCAAUUUGUGAAGGGGAUGUUGGAUUUAGUAAAAAUGUAAAUAAGCUUUGUACUGAUUUUCAGAACUUUAAAAUUAUUCCCAAAUACCCGAUUUUCAAAGGGUAAUCAUAAAAUGGUUUUGGUAUUCAGAGCAUUAAAACCUUUAAGUAUUUUUCUACCAAGGUAUAUAUUCUACUUUCAUGCCUUUUUAUUCCUCCUAUCAAAAAGGUAAAUAUUUUAUUUUGAUAUUUACAAGGAUUCCCAGGUAGGAAGAUGAAAAUUAGACUAUGUAAUGUACUUUGCAUAAACUGAUAAUACCUCAAACACUGGGUUAGAUUCUUCUCAGUGUAGACAGAUGGACACUAGGAACAUUGUAUGGGUUCCUUGAGGUCAGUGAGAUACUCUAGGUUUAUUUUAAAAAAAGAGUGCUAUUUGGUUAUGUGCUGUUACCUCAAUCAAAACGCUAGUUAACGUUAAUGUCAGCCAAAGAGGACCAGCCGAAGCUGGAAUCUCAGAGGAACAAUGCGACCUACCGAUCUUCCACCCGACACGGUGGACAUCUGACAAAGCCUAGCUGUGAUGUGGCUGCAACUUCCAGUAAUUAGCACUGUGACUUUAUGACAUGUUUCUGUCAUUUAAAAUUUUUACCACACAUUAAAGUCAGGGAGAAACUUAAAGUACUAUGUGAAAUUCAGUUUUCAAGUUGUUCACUAAUAAUAUGUGGUAAUUGAAUUCCGUGUUGCAUUUGUGCUACAGCAGCUGCUGUUAAAGUUUCCCUCAGUAAUUCUGAUUUGGGAAUGAUCCCAGAUCCUCUUCUGAGAUCUUGAUGAAGUCAAUAUGAAUGAUUUUUUUUUAAAGUGAAAACAUAGCAGAUCUUUGUUUUUGUAACGAAUCAAAUGGGAAAGAUGAAGACACAUGUGCAGUUGAUUAAAAAAAAUAUCAACUUGU